GUGGUUUUCCUUUUUUCGAUAUGACCAAUCUGCAGUUAAAGCUACUAACAGAUAUUAUCUUAGUUUGACAACACAUUACAAGUCACAUGUUUUUGCUCGAGAUUACGGUCCAACAAUCGAAAGUCUUAAUCGAGACUUAAUCAUAACAAAUGAUUUUUAUUAUCCAAUGAAAGAAGUUAAUGACCUAUAUCAGUGCGCUGAGGCCAGAUGUUCCAGUUUUCAAACUACCUGUGAUAAUGAUGGCUAUGUAACGGAAUAUCGGGGUCAAUGUACUUGUGUGUGUCCAGAUGGAUUAGACCCUCAAACUGGAUGCACAACAAACACAUUUGGAAAUAAUUCUUUCGAAUGGCCGUCUGGUUCUUAUGCUUUGAUUGCUGCGGAAGGUGGUUGUCCUCCUGGUUUACUACUGGGUUAUCGUACUAGUUGGAGUGAGGGAUUCUCCUGGUUUCAAGGAUCUUCCUUGCCUUUUGCUGGCGUACAAGAUCAUUCGAAAUUUAAUUAUGAAUUCUGUGUUUCUCAGAAUAAUUUCCCCAACAGUAAGAAUUACUGGGGAAGUGGAGAAUAUUGUAUUCUGCGUGAAGGCGGUAGCUGUCCUGAAGGUUUUGGCGAAGGAUAUGUGCAAUUUGACGAUACCAUCCGAUCGGCUGCUCAAAAUAAUACUAAAAGUGGUGAAUUGCCUGAUGGUGUGUUUGGAGACGAUACUCGUCUUGAAUUCUGCUGCCGAGCGGAUGGAUUUAAAAACGUUCCGCUUGAACUUCCGAAUGACAAGGCUCUAAUAUUGUACCAAAAUAGUAUAGAUACAGCUUGGCCUGAAUGUCAAGCAGUCGCAAAUAUGAAUUCUAGAAGAUUUUACUAUACGUUUGAUAAUAAAGCUGGAGAUUUAGCCAAAUUUAGUGGAUCUUUACCAAAAAUAGCUACAUAUCCUGGUAGAAAUAGUUAUCUAUUCUACGUCUGCUACUAUGAACCCGUGACUAGACCCAAAUCGUGUGGAGGAGUCAUAGAAUUGUCACCAGAAAUGAACACAGCUGCAAUCAGCUCACCCAACUACCCGGCAAACUAUGACAAUAAUCAAAAAUGUUUUUGGUUGAUAAAGGGGCCGCCAAACAGCAAUAUUCUACUAAAUUUUGAUAAAUUUGAUGUUGGAACAAUUGGUGCUGGAUGUGAUGAUACAGUUGAAAUACGACCAGCUAAUCUUGCUUCUCCUAAUUACAAAUUUUGUCAUCACGAUGGUAGAACAUGGAGAAGUCAUAAUAAUACCCUGGUUGUUAUCUUUGAAUCUGGAAUGUCAAAAGUUAGAUCAGGUUUUAAGGCGUCAUUAAAACUUAUUCUAGAUGAGGAGAAUUGUUAUGUUAGAUCAGAUGAAGGCAUGUCAUAUCGAGGUAAUAUAAAUUAUACACGAGACUUUACUCCAUGUAUACCAUGGUCAGAUGUUAAACAUUGUCGUCAUUCGUCUUUACACUCACGCGAUGUUGAUGCUGGUUUAGAUGGUAAUUAUUGUAGAAAUCCCGGUGAUGGGGAUAGACCUUGGUGUUAUACUGAGAAACUUGAAUGUACUCGAGAUUUCUGUGAUGUAUGUGGUGUUGAGAAAGCUUUUGAUAGAGACCCUGUCAGCAAAUGCGAGGCAUUGAAAACCAGUGUUACUAAUUUUUGUACCCAAGAUACCCGUGGCUUCAGUGCAUGCCGUAAAACAUGUGCCGACCAACUUCCAGCAAUUAAUGUUGCCCCUUCAGUUGGGGACAUAUCUUGUUCUCCACCUACGGCAUUACCCGAUGGAACUACGAAUGAUGCAGCUAAGUCUAGUUAUUCUGUUGGUGACCAGGUUACUUAUACUUGUAACACUAGAUCUACGUCAUCAGUGGCAUUAACCUGUACAACAGACGGUACCUGGACAGGUGCCUUAAGUGCAUGCAAAGUUUGUGAUGAUGGUUGGCAUGCCUAUAAUGGUAAUUGCUACAAGGUACACCCCGAGAUAAAGACGUGGAGUUUAGCUAGAGAUAAGUGUGUCAGCCAAGGUGCUACACUGAUCAUGCCUAAAACACAAAGUGAAAUGGAUUUUAUACAUACAAUUAGAGAUGUUACUUCUAGCUAUUGGGUUGGUGUGAGUGAUUUAGCCAUAGAAGGUAAAUGGUACUGGUUAGACGGUACAGAACUUACUGCAGAACAGAGUAGAUUUGCCCCAGGGCAGCCAGCUAAUACUACUGCAUGGAAUGAUUGUGCUUUUAUGGCGAAUGAACAGGGAUCUAGUCUCUGGUCUGAUGUAUAUUGUAGUGCUUAUUAUCAACAACGUUAUAUUUGUUUUAAACCAAAUCAUGACUUCAGUAAAACAUGUCGGGAUUUAAGUGAUGACUGUCAAGAGAAAUAUUCAGCUGAUGGCACGUUCUGUGAUAUGGAGAAUUGCUAUGCCGCUGCUAAAUGUUCCGAAACCUGUAAAAUAAAUAACUGCUAUACAAGUAGUUGUGAAGUUGGGUGGAUAAUGGAGGACAAUAAAUGUUAUAAAUUGAUAACAGAUAACUUAAAUUAUACUGCUGCCGUGGCUACAUGUAAAUCACAGGGUUCUAUUGUUAGUAGUAUGAAAACAACCAAAGAAAAGACUCUUCUUGAUUCAUUGAGAGGAACUUUUACCUUAUGGAUAGGUGCUACUGAUGACGGUCAUGAAGGUAUCUUCACAUGGCAGGAUGGAACACCAGUUUUAGCCAGUCAAACAACGUGGGCAACAGGAGAACCGAAUAACUAUUGGAAUUUUGAACAUUGUGUUACAUAUAAUGGUCAAUGGCGUGACGUAUAUUGUAAUUAUUACAAUUUUCAUCGAUUUGUCUGCUCCAAAAAUGCGACACAUCAGGACGUAUCGUGUGCCACACCCAUUACCCCAGCUAAUGUUACAGUCAUAUCUGCUGUAUCCAAUCUGACCAAUGGUCACACAAUACGAUAUAAAUGUAAUACUAAUUAUUGGUUAGAAUCAGGUGAUUUAAACAGAGGCUGUUUAUUAUCAGGACAACUUGGUGGAUCUCCUCCGGUCUGUGUUCUGGGAUCUGAGGCUAAUGUAUUGACCACCGUUAAUCAUCAGGCUGUAAACAAUAGGGGUAGUGCCAUUCCAAACUUUGCUAACGGUAUAUUUACUACUAGUCAUGAACAAUUCUAUAUACCAAGAGGUGGAGAGAUUGUUGAAUGGCAGUUGUACAGUAAUAAAGCCGGUCCUAUUGCUCUUCUUGUUUUACGACCCAGUGGAACAAAUUACACAUUAAUCGGUUUUAAUGAAGUCAACACCCAGGGCAGCGGAGAGGAAUUCUUCCUUAUCAGUUUGGGAAACAGAGUUAAAGUCCAAGCGGAUGACUCCAUUGGUUUUUACACACCUGGUUCUGUGCAGCCAAUAGCCGCGGAUGUACAUCAUAGAUCCGAGGUAGCACGGUAUCCUCAGCACCUAUUACGUCGAAGUGUCUCCUCCCCAACGUCCACUUCAGCUCUUCUAAAUGGAGUAACCUAUGAAUUCCAACCAAUUGAAAACGCAGAUGCUAUCAUAGUUUCUUUACGAGCUGUGAUUGGCCCAUCUCCACUCUGAUCAGUUGUUUAAGGAAAAAAUUAUUUACUAAUACCCUUAUUUAUGAAUCUGUGAAUAUUGAGUCUAUUAUUUGUUUUCUGGAAUUUUAUUUAUAUAAUAUGUUUAAUGAUAGUUUUAAUAUUUGACCUCAACCACUUUACAAUUCUGGCAUUUAGUUCUAUACCAAACUAAUGUAUCUUAGACAUUCCGUCGAAUAUAAUAUGUAUAAUAAUAUUAUAAUAUGUAUCUUAGCCCUUCCGUCGAAUAUAAUAUGUAUACAUGCACCAAGAUCAAUCAAAUUAAAAUGGCCUUUACAUUCGUCUCCGAAUAUUAAAGGCAAGCGUAUUCACUUGGUGAAGGGUUGUAUUUAAUUAUUUACAUAUAAAUGUAAAAUGAUCUUUUAAUUACAUAUUGUGUUGUAUUUUAUUUUAAUGAAUAAAAUAUAA